CGACGCGUCCGAGCGAAGCCACCAUCAUCCCCGAAAGCGGCCGAGACGCGUGAGCCAUCGACCCCUCCAGCCUCACUCCCACUCCCACCCCACCCGCACGCGGAAGCUCGACUCCGUGCGGCGGUUAGGGUUUGGCGCCCCUUCUAGUAGAAGCUUCGGACCCCCGAUCGGCGUUGGCGGCGAUGCUCUCAAUUUGCGGCCACGGCGGCGGCGCCGUGGCCGCUGGUGAGGAACAGCGCGCACCCUACCCGCUCCCUCCUCCCCAUCCUCGGCCGCAGCAGCUCGGCGCGGCGAUCGGCGCCCUGCUGCUGAACCCCCUCCAAGUUGACGAAGGCACGCGCCUGGAGAUCGCGCAACAGAGUUACAACGCAGGGGAUUACAGAGCGGCGCUUGAGCAGAGCAAUGCGGUGUACAUGGAGAACCCGAGGCGCCUGGAGAACCUCCUGCUGCUCGGCGCCGUUUAUUACCAGCUGCGGGAGUUUGACAUGUGCAUCGUGAAGAACGAGGAGGCUGUGGCAAUCCAGCCCAAUUUCCCUGAGUGCUUCAACAACAUGGCGAAUGCAUGGAGGGAGAAAGGCGAUAUAGAUCGUGCCAUCCAGUACUAUAAGCAUGCAAUUCAGCUGCGACCGACCUUCGCUGAUGCAUUCUCAAACUUGGCAAAUGCUUAUACUCGAAAAGGAAAUCUCAUCGAGGCAACCAAAUGUUGCCAUCAGGCGCUAGCACUAAAUCCUCGUUUGGUUGAUGCCUACUGCAGCCUUGGUGACGUGUUGAAGGCACAAGGAUCAUACAGAGAUGCAUACAGUUGCUUUAGAGAGGCUGUAAGCAUAUCACCUAGUUGUGCAACUGCUUGGUAUAAUAUUGCUGGACUUUUCAUGCAAUGGGGAGAUUUCAAUAAGUCAGUUCUCUACUAUAAGGAAGCAAUCAAAUUCAAGCCGGCAUUUUAUGAUGCCCAUAUGAACUUGGGCAGUCUUUACAAGGCUGUUGGAAUGUGUCAAGAUGCAAUUGUAUGCUAUCAAAAUGCAGCACAGGCAUGCCCACAAAAUGCAAUAGCUUAUGGUAACCUUGGUGAUGCCUACUAUGAACAAGGCCAACUGGGCUUAGCUAUUUUAAGUUAUAGACAUGCCACUACCUGCAACCCGUCAUAUGUUGAAGCUUAUAAUAAUCUGGGAAAUGCUUUAAAAGGAUCUGGAAGAUGUGACGAGGCAAUCGGUUGCUACCAGUCAUGCCUUGCUCUUCAACCUAAUCACCCUCGAGCUCUGACAAACCUUGGGAACGUUUAUAUGGAGAGGAGCAUGCUGGACAUAGCGGCUUCACAUUUCAUGGCAGCUCUUACAGUUACUACUGGAUUGUCUGCACCUUACAACAAUUUAGCGACGAUUUACAAACAACAAGGAAACUAUGCUAAUGCCAUAGCAUGUUAUAACGAAGCACUCCGUGUUGAUCCUUUGGCUGCCGAUGGUCUUGUGAAUAGAGGGAAUACAUUGAAAGAAGCAGGCAGGGUCAGUGAAGCAAUUCAAGACUAUUUGCAGGCUGCUGCAAUUAGACCAACCAUGGCUGAAGCUCAUGCAAAUUUGGCAUUUGCGUAUAAAGACACGGGCCUAAUGGAGUUGGCAAUUAUCAGUUACAAGCAGGCCUUGCAAUUACGUCCAGAUUUUCCAGAAGUUGCGUGUAAUCUCUUGCACACUCUACAGUGCGUAUGUGAUUGGGAUGAUAGAGAAGAGAAGUUCAUCAAGGUAGAGGGGAUUAUCAGACAGCAAAUAAAGAUGUCCCUUCUCCCAAGUGUACAACCAUUCCAUGCUAUGGCAUUCCCGAUCGAUCCAAAUCUUGCACUGGAGAUCAGUAAAAAAUAUGCAGAUCAUUACUCUUUGGUUGCGUCACGUUUUGGGCUUCCUGCAUUCUCACACCCCUCACGUGCUCCUAUCAAGACUGAUGACAGAACUUCUCGCCUUAGGAUUGGAUAUGUGAGUAGUGACUUCGGGAAUCAUCCUCUGUCUCAUCUCAUGGGAUCUGUAUUUGGAAUGCACAAUGAAGACAUUGUAGAGGUUUUCUGUUAUGCUCUGAGCCGAGAUGAUGGUACGGAAUGGAGGCAACGUAUUAAAGGUGAAGCAGAGCACUUCAUUGAUGUGUCAGAGAUGUCAUCUGAUAUGAUUGCUAAAGUUAUCAAUGAAGAUAAGAUACAAAUUCUUAUAAAUCUUAAUGGAUAUACAAAGGGUGCACGCAAUGAAAUUUUCGCCAUGCAGCCAGCGCCAAUCCAGGUUUCUUACAUGGGAUUUCCUGCAACUACCGGUGCAAGUUAUAUUAAUUAUUUGAUUACUGAUGAGUUUGUCUCUCCGUUAAAAUAUUCUCAUAUUUACUCAGAAAAGCUUGUCCACCUUCCUCAUUGUUACUUUGUGAAUGAUUAUAAACAGAAAAAUCAAGACGUUCUUGAUUCUGUUUGCCCACACAAACGAGCCGACUAUGGCCUGCCAGAGGACAAAUUUAUUUUUGCAUGCUUCAAUCAGCUCUACAAGAUGGAUCCAGAUAUAUUCAACACCUGGUGCAAUAUUCUGAAGCGUGUGCCAAACAGUGUCUUGUGGCUCUUGAGAUUUCCAGCUGCUGGGGAGAUGAGAUUGCGUGCAUAUGCGAUUUCAAAAGGAGUAAGGGCAGACCAAAUAAUAUCUACAGAUGUUGCCACAAAAAAUGAACAUAUAAGGCGAAGUGCCUUGGCGGAUCUCUUUCUUGACACCCCGUUGUGUAACGGCCACACUACUGGUACAGAUGUAUUAUGGGCCGGCGUCCCAAUGAUUACCCUUCCUCUGGAGAAAAUGGCAACAAGGGUUGCAGGUUCCCUCUGUCUAGCUACUGGGGUCGGGGAAGAGAUGAUAGUCGAUAGCCUGAAAGAAUACGAGGAAAGGGCCGUAUUUCUAGCGACGAAUCCAUCGAAACUCCAAACUCUUACAAACAGGCUCAAGGCUGUUCGGAUGACCUGUCCUUUGUUUGAUACAGCUCGAUGGGUAAAGAAUCUGGACAGGGCAUAUUUGAAAAUGUGGGACCUGCAUUGCUCUGGUAGGCACCCUCAACAUUUUAAAGUGGUAGAAGAGUAGAAGACGAUACCAGUUUCCCUUUGACGGAUAAAUACAGUUAGCAGAUGAUGUAAUAUCAUACGAGUUACGAGGUAAGUAUAUUAGGGGCUGUCAUAUACUCAUACGGGAGGUGAUUUCAUUUGAGGCCUCCUCCACAGCUAAGAGGACCUGGACCCAGCGUAGAGGUAAUAAAAAAUCUUGGGGUACAACACUAACUUGAUGUGUUUUAUGCAUAACGACUGUGUCAGCUUGUUGCACUCCUAGGGAAAUCUUACUAAAUUUCUAUUCUGACGGUCCUGUUGGGAGCUCUCUGGUAGUGGACAUUAGCCUGCUCUUAAGCAAGAGAGCAACACUUAUCUGAUCAAUGCCUGGAGUGGAGCGAGACUUGAUCAACUUACUAAAUCGAACAAUCUCCGAAACCUGGAUCAUUUUGGUGGUGGUACUUUUGGUGUGUCGAUUUCACUGUUUGCUCGUACUAACUUUUGAACGAGAUAUGCAGAUUGCUUCAUGCCUGAGGUGGAGCACGAUGUGAUUCCUUGUCAAUUAGGACUGAUGAUGCUGGGCCUGCGUGACGCCUGAUCCAGCUAUAUAACGAUCCCUCUUUUAGGCAGUAGGCUUCACUGUUGUUGCAGGUUAUGCAUCAUCUCUUCUGCGAAGCUGGUCUCGCCAGUGUCAUUGCCUUCUGGUCCGCAUCAUUAGAAAAGACAAGGUUAGGUUGAGCAGGCAUGUAGCUGAGCAGAGGCACGUUGGACCGUGCAAAACUUCUGAAUCUGCUUGAGCUGCUGUUCUGCGGCAUGCGUUGCUGCCCACGGACAGGACUACUACGGGGGUCGGGCUUCUCUCCCAGCAAAGAUCAUUUAGUGGCUGCGUGCCACGGCCAGAGUAAGUCCACCGUUGCUUGCUCGACUUGCGUGAAGCAGGUAUCGUAUCGGACCAGCAAAAGCUCGUCAGAAGUUGGGUACCUACACGGCGAGUCGAUGACUACGGCCAAGACGCAGCUGUUAUGAGGUGGUUGUGGUUCUGAAGCGCGCUUAUGGACUCUGUACAACGACUAACAAAGAUAACCUAACAAGCUAUUUUACUAGAA